UUUUCAUUUGAGAAAUUUGCAAAAAUGCUAUGUGAAUAUAAAUGUGCUAACAGUAUUAACAUCAACUAUCAAAUACAACGAAUACGUGACAGAUAAAGGGGAAAAUAUUUCAAUACCAUGUAUUGCUGAUGGCAACAUAAUGUGGGUCAAAGAAAAUGGCAGUAAUAAUAGCACAAUUAUACAGACAGGUAAAUAUUUGGUACUCACAAAUGUCUCGGCUUCCGAUAAAGGUUUGUACGUGUGUUUUGCUGCUGUGACAUCCAGUCAAAGUCUGGAAUAUGAUGACCAGAAUGAAAACAAUAGUACUUCAUUAAGAGAACAUGAGCAACAAAUUGACAAAGAUGAAGUAGAACAAAAUGACGAUGAUGAUGAGAAUGAGAAUGGUGAAGACGAUGCUGAUGAUGACAGAAAUGAACAAGUGCUUUUAACAUCGACUACAACAAAAAUAAAUCAUAAUGAUAAUGAUACAACAUUUGUUAAGCCUUUAGUAGAAAAUAAAAAUAUUAUAAUACACAAAACAACAACAAGAACACAAAAUGCUUCAACUACCUCAAUGCUUCCAAUGCCUAAUGUAACUAGAACAGCUACAACAACAAAAACACCAACAUUAUCAGUUUCAGCCUCAGCCACAGCUUCUGCCUCCGCAACUACAACAACUAUAGUUAUUAAAACCUUAACGAAUGCUAAUUUCUCCACACUUCACUCAACAAAUCUCUCCCGAAUCCCUGACCACAACAACACAAACAACAGCAGCAACAGUUAUCACAGUUUUAGCAAUAGCCGCAGCAGCAGCAGCAAUAGUAGUAGUGACUUAAAUUUAACCACUUUUACCCCCAUUACCAGCAGCACUAUUGAUGACAUAGAAGAACAAGAAUUCCAAGCAUUUCAAAAAAUUAAUCUAACAGUUCGUACCCCACCUGGCCCGGUUACAAAAUUGUACUUUAAAGCUUCAACGAUUUUGGGUUUCCUGAUUUGGCGUUUUAAUAAGACCAAUUCGGGUGGCUAUCCAGUGCGCAGUUUUACUGCGGAAUUUCGUAAUGUUUCGUACGUCUCACCACCGUUUAAUAGUAGUUUUGAGCAUAAAUGGAGUCGCAUGGAUCCCAUAAAUAUUGCACCGAAUGUGCGACAAAUGGAAGUUUACCGUUUGGAACCCAAUACCACAUAUGAAUUUCGAAUAUGGGCCAACAAUCAAUUAGGAAGUGGUGAAGUUGUUACAACAAAUGUUACAACACUACCGGAAACAAAAGAAGAAGAUUUAAUACGCCUUAUACAACCAGAUUUAGAUAAUUUUGAUCCACGUAUAUGGAUUGUUGCUGUCAGUAUAGUACUUGGAACAUUUGUGAUAUUAGCUAUUGGAUUAUGUAUAGUUCUAACCAAAGAGUGCUAUCAAUCAUCUCAAGCGGAAUUUGAGGAUGGUUGGGAUAGCAUCGAAUUGAUACCGAAUAUUAUAUUAAAUCCUGGUUUCUGUGAAACAGAUGGUCAACCAGCCGCACCACGUACCGUUAUCUUUGGCGGUGACGAUGACAGCGAUGACAGUUGUGAAUCAGAAUCGGACCAUGAGCCACGCAUGGAAAAAUUCAAACGUAAAUUAUCGGUAUUCUUUACAGAUCCCACCAUUUAUCGUUCGCAUAUUUGAGAAGAGUACAAAAAAGUGAUUUUUAAAAGAAAUUUAUUUAUUUAGUUUAGUAAGAUAUUUUCAAUGGUUUUUAAAGAUUUGUUGGAUUUUUUAAAAUUUUGAUUUUAUAUAUUUUUUUUAAUUUAACUUAAAAAUGAAAAUUAAUGUAUAAAAAAUAUAUCAAAAAUGUGCUUAUGGUUAAACCUGUUAAAAAAAUAAUUAAAUUUAAGAAAUUGUUGAGUAUAAAAAACGAGCUUUUGUUACAAUGAAAAAAUAAAAAUAAAAAUUAAAUUAAGUAAAACUAAAUUAAAAUUAAAAGUCAGAAAGAGUUAUAGAUUAUAGUCGGUUCUAAAUUCUUGUCUAUAAUCAAGUUUAUACUCCAGAAUAUAGUCAACUCUAUUGUCCAACCUAUAGUAUAGUUGAGACUAUAGUCGAGCCAAACUAUAUAUAAAGUCCUGACUUUAAUCUAGUCAAUAGUCCUGACUUUAAUCUAGUCAAUAGAUAGACUAUAGUGCAGACCAUAUUUUAGUUAACUCUAUAGUCCACAUUAUAGUCGACUAUAUAGUCCAGACUAUAGU